CCCGCGCCGCUCGUUGCCCCGGAAGUCUGGUUUGCCGCCGCUGCCUUCUUUGGACUUCCCUGUUUCCAGCUGCGCGGUCGCUGUUGCUGGACCAUGGGAGUCCCGGCCUUCUUCCGCUGGCUCAGCCGCAAGUACCCCUCCAUCAUCGUCAACUGCGUGGAGGAAAGGCCUAAAGAAUGCAAUGGAGUCAAAAUUCCAGUUGAUACUAGUAAACCUAAUCCCAAUGAGGUGGAGUUUGAUAACCUGUAUUUGGAUAUGAAUGGCAUUAUUCACCCUUGUACACAUCCUGAAGAUAAACCAGCACCCAAAAAUGAAGAUGAAAUGAUGGUUGCAAUUUUUGAGUACAUCGACAGACUUUUUAACAUCAUAAGACCAAGACGACUUCUCUAUAUGGCAAUAGAUGGGGUGGCUCCCCGUGCAAAAAUGAAUCAACAGAGAUCCAGAAGAUUCAGAGCAUCAAAGGAGGGAGUGGAAGCUACAGAAGAGAAGCAAAGAGUAAGACAAGAGAUACUGGCAAAAGGUGGCAUUCUUCCUGCAGAGGAAGUGAAAGAGAGAUUUGAUAGCAAUUGUAUUACCCCAGGAACUGAGUUUAUGGACAAUCUAGCUAAAUGCCUUCGCUAUUACAUUGCUGAUCGUUUAAACAAUGACCCAGGAUGGAAAAAUUUGACAGUUAUUUUAUCAGAUGCUAGUGCUCCUGGUGAAGGUGAACACAAAAUAAUGGAUUACAUUAGAAGGCAAAGAGCUCAACCAAACCAUGAUCCAAACACUCAUCAUUGUUUAUGUGGGGCUGAUGCUGAUUUGAUUAUGCUUGGGCUAGCCACGCAUGAGCCAAACUUCACUAUAAUCAGAGAAGAGUUUAAACCAAAUAAACCCAGACCCUGUGCUCUUUGUAACCAGUUGGGACAUGAAGUUAAAGAUUGCCAAGGUUUGCCAAGAGAAAAACAAGGCGAGCAUGACCAGUUUGCUGAUUGUCCUCUUACCUCUGAACAAGAGUUCAUCUUUAUCCGAUUAAAUGUUCUCCGAGAGUAUUUGGAAAAAGAACUCACCAUGGCCAGUUUGCCUUUUACUUUUGAUUUUGAGAGAAGCAUUGAUGACUGGGUCUUCAUGUGUUUCUUCGUUGGAAAUGACUUUCUUCCUCAUCUGCCAUCACUGGAGAUCAGGGAGGGAGCAAUCGAUCGCCUGGUUAACAUAUACAAAAAUGUGGUGCACAAAACUGGGGGGUACCUCACAGAGAGUGGCUUUGUCAACCUACAGCGAGUACAGAUGAUUAUGUUAGCAGUUGGAGAAGUUGAAGAUAACAUUUUUAAAAAAAGGAAAGAUGAUGAGGAGAACUUCAAAAGACGACAAAAAGAAAAGAGAAAAAGGAUGAAGAGGGAUCAGCCUUCUUUUAUCCCUGGUGGACAGUUUUCCCCUCAAGCAUUGGGCAGUGGAAAUAGGUCUAAUCCUCAGACAAUCAGUAACCCCAGACAAGCAGCCUUCGAAAUGAGAAUGCAGAACUCAACUCCUUCAGCAUCUCCUAAUACUAGUUUCACUUCUGAUGGCACCCCAUCCCCAGCAGGAGGAAUUAAACGAAAAGCUGAAGACAGUGACAGUGAACCUGAGCCAGAGGAUAAUAUCAGGUUAUGGGAAGCUGGUUGGAAACAGCGUUACUAUAAGAACAAAUUUGAUGUUGAUGCAUCUGAUGAGAAAUUUCGUCGUAAGGUUGUACGGUCUUAUGUUGAAGGGCUUUGCUGGGUUCUCAGAUACUAUUAUCAGGGCUGUGCUUCUUGGAAGUGGUUUUACCCAUUCCAUUAUGCACCAUUUGCUUCCGACUUCGAAGGCAUUGCAGACCUGCCCUCAGACUUUGAGAAGGGCACAAAACCGUUCAGACCUCUUGAACAACUUAUGGGUGUAUUUCCAGCUGCUAGUGGUAACUUUUUGCCACCAACAUGGCAGAAGCUCAUGACUGAUCCAGAAUCAAGUAUAAUUGACUUCUACCCUGAAGAUUUUGCUAUCGAUUUGAACGGGAAGAAAUUUGCUUGGCAAGGUGUUGCUCUGUUGCCAUUUGUUGAUGAACGCCGCCUGAGAGCUGCUUUGGAAGAGGUUUACCCUGAUCUCACUUCUGAAGAAAACCGAAGAAAUAGUCUGGGUGGUGACCUUCUCUUUGUUGGAAAAAAUCACAGCCUUUGUGACUUCAUUGCAGAGCUCUAUAAAUCCAGUACUACAGAGCCAGUUGAUAUGCCCCCAGAACUGUGCCAUGGAAUCCAGGGAAAACUUUCACUGAAUGAAAAUCCAGUUCUUCCAGAUCAAGUAGUGCAGUCUCCUGUUCCAACCUUGCGUGACCUGGCACAGAAUUCUGCAGUCAGUAUCAAUUUCAAAGAUCCGCAGUUUAACGAAGACUUUGUUUUCAAGGCUGUGGUGCUACCUGGGGCAAAAAAACCUCUACCUGUUUUGAAGCCGGGUGACUGGGAAAAAACCAACAACAAUGGGAGGCCAUGGAGGCCACAGCUUGGUUUUAAUAGAGACAGGCAGCCUGUUCACUUGGACCAGUCAGCAUUCAGAACGUUAGGCCAUGCAAUGUCAAGGGAAAGAGGGCAGCCAGGAAGUGGAAUGUACAGCAAUGCAGCCCCUCUUGGAGCUUAUCAGGGAAACCCAUACAGACCGCUCUUUUCUGGACAACCACAGAUUCCUAAAUUGUUGUCAAAUCUCAGGCCUCCAGAAUCAUGGCGAGGGCCUACACCUUUGUUUCAGCAGCCACCGCAGAGAUAUGACAGGAGUUCUGGGGCUGCUCCUCUUCUAGCGUGGAACCGCAUGGUACAAUCCCAAAAUGCAGCAUUCCAACAAAAUCAGUAUCAAGGAGUAGGUGGACCAAUGAAUUACCCACAGAGACCUGAGGAUCGGAUGGAUAGGGGAAGACAGGGAUAUGGCCCCGGGAGGCCCUACCCAUUACCACCUCCCGCUGGAAGAUACAACUGGAAUUAGUCUUGAAGUUUUCCAUCAUAAAAAUCUGUUUUUACAGUAGCUGUGGAAAUGAGACACGUUUAAGAAACGUCUGAGUAGUUUUUAAACUACAAUAUUUGUUUUAAUUGUGUACAUUUCUUACUGAAAAGAGUGACGGGGGGUUAUGUUGCUUCAAAACACUGUACUUUAGAAUACAAGUAAACUAGAUUUGCUAAUUUGCCUGUGAGACAUUUUGAUGAAGUAAGAGUAUUGCUGUUUUAUGACGUGAUUAUAUGCUUAAUUAUGUCUGUGAAUUUUAAAUCCAGAUAUUCUUUAGUUCACAGCAUAAGUCUGAAAAUAGAAACUGAUUUUUUUAAAGAAUAAGAAAAGCUGGAUGUUGUUAACUCUGAGGAUAGGUACAACAGGCAGUCUAGGAAAUGAAAUGUUUUAAUGAUAUGCUUUUGUUGGUAUUCCUUUUAAGAACACUUCAUUGAUGUACUUGUUUCACAACAGUUUGAUUUCUGGAUUUCAAAGUAAAAAUAUUUCAACUUUUAUAACCUUU